AUGAAAACAAAUUGGAAUUCCGAAUUGCCAACAGAAAUCUCUAAGAAGUUCAAAAGGUGGGGAAAUCAGUUGAGUCUACUUAGGAAAAUUGCUAUCCCUAGAUGUUUAAUAAAAGAUCCUGAUAAUGCUGGCAGUUUAAGUAUACACGUGUUUUGUGACGCAAUCAAAACAGCUUAUGCUACCUGCAUAUAUUUAAGGAGUGAAAGUAAGAACUUGACUUCAUCUCAGUUGGUUCAAGCACAUAGUAAGUUAGCUCCGCUGAAGGCUAUUACAAUUCCUAGGCUAGAGCUGUUAGCUUGCUCUAUUGGUACCAGACUGGUGCAAAGAAUUAUUGAAGAUUUAAAAUUAGGAAAUAUUCCAAUUUUCUUUUGGACUGACUCCAGUACCGCCUUGUGUUGGAUAAAAGGGAGCGAAAACUGGACACCAUUUGUAUAUAACAGGAUACGAGAAAUUAGAUUGGCGAGUAAACCCGAAAAUUGGCAUUAUGUACCUGGAUCGAUCAAUCCGGCGGAUCUACCAUCCAGAGGUUGUUCCGUUCGACAGCUCUCGGAGACAGAGUGGUGGCAUGGUCGUCCUUGGCUCUAUUACCCAUCUGAUAAAUGGCCUAGAUCUGAGUUCUCAGUAAAUGAAGAAGAAGUGAUGAAGGAAAAGAGAAAGGAAAUAGUAUCAUCUAUGGAAAUUUCUGCAGCUGAAUAUGCAGUUAUCAGAAUAAUACAGAAGGAAAGCUUCGUUAAUGAAGAAGAUGAAAAGUUGGAAACUCUGAGAGCCUUCAAAGAUGGAAACGACAUCAUCCGGUUGAAAACAAAGAUUUUAUAUCGACCAGAUAGCGAGGACUUUAAGACGCCUGCAAUUUUACCAUCAAAAAAUGAGCUUGUAAAGCGUACAGUGAUAUACUAUCAUAGACAUUCUGCAAAGAAGCUUGAUAUUCUUACUGCAUCUCUUCCGGAGGACCGAAUCCGAGAAGCUGCUGUGUUUGAGAUCUGUGGCAUUGACCUGGCUGGACCACUAUUUCUCAGAGAUAAUAAGAAGUCUUGGGCAUGUCUCUUCACCUGCGCUGUCUGUAGGACUGUACACAUCGAAUUAGUGACUUCUUUAUCUACGCAAUCAGUUUUACUGGCUUUGCGCAGAUUCAUAGCCCGUAGGGGACGAUGCAGCAUUAUCUAUUGUGACAAUGGCUCUAAUUUUGUGGGUGCUUCUAAUCUGCUGAGUAAGCUGGAUUGGGGUCUUAUUGUAAGUGACACUGCUCUUCAUCCUAUUAAGUGGAAGUUUAACCCACCGACUGCCUCUUGGUGGGGUGGAUGGUGGGAGUGA